AGUCAACCGGUUUAGGCGGCGAUUUUUGGGAAAACGCGGGUGCAAGCAAUUAUCGUGAAUUAUGCUAUGAAUCGUGUUCAAAUCAUAUCGCAGCAAAUAACAGGUUUUUUAUCAAUGGAACAUUUUAUCCAUACAAAGAUUUUGCUCAACACUACCCAUGGCUGAUACCGCGAGCAACAACAGAAUUUAUGCAUGAAGUGAGACAAUAUAUAUUUUACAAUUAUUAA